ACCAAGAAACAGAGGAGUGAAUAUUCAGUACAACUGCAUAUGAUGAAAACACAGCACCAAUAACAGGAAUGUUCUUAAAGUCAGUCAUGGAAGACGACAAGAUGAUCAUUGUCCUCUGUAUAACCUUUAAUAUCAUACUGGUCUCAGGUUCCUCUCUCAGUGACAAAGUCCAACAGACUCCAGCUGAUAUCUACAAAAAUCCAGGAGAAAAAGCCAAAAUCAACUGUUUACACAAAAUUGACAACUAUUAUACAUUCCUCUGGUACAAACAGUUGAAAAAUAGACAACUACAGUUCCUGGGAUACAUGUAUAAAGAUAAUGGAAACCCAGAAAAGGGACUGAAUGUCAGCAUGGAUGGGAGUGCAGAUAAAGGCCAGACCAGCACAUUAACAAUUGAAGGACUCAGCCUGAACGACAGUGCAGUGUACUUCUGUGCUGCUAGUUCCUCUCUCAGUGACCAAGUCCACCAGAUUCCAGCUGACAUACAGAAGAAACCAGGAGGAACAGCCAAAAUCUACUGUUCACACAGUAUAGACAGCUAUGAUCGAAUCCUCUGGUACAAACAGUUGAAGAACAAACAGCUACAGUUCCUGGGAUAUAUGUUAGGAAAGGAUGGCUAUCCAGAGAAAGGAGUGGAUGUAAAGAUUGAAGGGGAUGCAAAUAAAGGCCAGAACUGCACAUUAACAAUUGAAGGACUCAGCCUGAGCAGCAGUGCAGUGUACUUCUGUGGCAGUAUAUCACUGCACCACAUGCUGGUUUUAAUGUUAGAGGAAGAGGACAUAAUAUGA